CUUAUAUAUUUAAAUUAAAAAAAAAAAAAAAGGAAUCGUCUUCCUUCCCACUUUGGGGUUCCACAACAAAUCUGACACCUCAUCUCUCUCUCUCUCUCCCACCUUCUCCUCCGUCCCGUUCCGUUCUCCAACCUCUCUCCCUUCCCCAAAAAAGAUAACUCGCUCAGAGACUUUUUUCCAUCGGCGGUUAUGGAGUCUAUCUCUCCCGUAUCGAAUCAGCUUAUUCAACCAACGACGACGACGACGAUGAGCUCUAGUUCCGAUCGCUCUCGUCGUAAGCGGAGGAAGAAAUCUCCACCGUCGUCUGCUGAUUCAUCUCCGUCGACAUCGGUGGAGAAAUGGAGAUCGGAGAAGCACCAACAGAUCUACUCGACGAAGCUAGUUCGUGCUCUUAGAGAGCUACGAAUCAGUCAACAACCGUCGUCGUCGUCGUCGAUUCCACGUGGCGGUAGAGCCGUGCGCGAAGUCGCUGAUAGAGCUUUAGCCGUGGCGGCGAGAGGUAAAACACUGUGGAGUCGAGCGAUACUAUCGAAAGCAGUGAAACUCAAAUUCAGGAAACAUAAACGGCAGAGAAUCUCAAACCCUACCACGACGACGACGAAGACGUUGACCACCGGGAGUAUGAGGUCGAAGAAACAGAGAGCGACGGUUUUGAGGCUAAAGGCUAAAGGAUUGCCAGCUGUACAGAGGAAAGUGAAAGUUCUGAGCCGUUUAGUUCCAGGUUGCCGUAAACAAACAUUACCUGUGGUUUUAGAAGAAACUACUGAUUAUAUUGCUGCCAUGGAGAUGCAGAUUCGUGCUAUGACUGCGAUUCUCGCCGCCGUCAACUCUGUUUCUCCUCCGCCGCCGCCGCCAGGUCAUGAAGGGGGACAAACACAUAUGCUUGGUUAGUUGGCCAAACUGUCUUCUCUUUUUUUUUCCAUUUAAGAAAAAAAAAAAAAAAAAACUGUUUUUCGUAUUAUUAUUCUUCUUCUCACUGUAUUUGGUUUGCUGUUUGAGUAAUUUUACUAUUCAACCCACUCUUUUUAUUUUUACCAAUUACCAUUGUCAUCGUCAUGAACAUAUUCAUGUAUAGCCUUUUGUUUCUUGAAACUCUCUAAAUAGUGCCGGAGGAAGACAGUGAUUGAUUACUGUAAUCGUAAUAAAUUUCAGUUUCUUGAUAAUCGUGGAAGCACAUUUUCA